AUGCUUACACAACAGACUCACCUCACAAACACUCAAUGCGGUCUUGCUGCCGGAGCCCUCCUUCUCGCAUAUUACCUUAUUCCCUAUUUACUCGACCCGCACGACUAUCGUCGCAGGUUUUCCGGACCCUUUGCUGCAUCACUCAGCAACUGGUGGCUCUCGCGUACCGCCCGUUCCGGACGAAACUAUGAGAUUAUCCACGAGCUUCAUGAGAGAUACGGUGAGUUUGUUCAGCUUGAUGAAAGUUUGUCAGGAUUGGGCCUAAUCACAUCAGUAUUGCCGAUCCAAAUGCUCUGGAGGCAAGCUGUAUACGGGCACUCGAAUGGACUAUUGAAGUCCGAUUUCUAUGACGCCUUCAAAGCCGAUCCAAACGGUGAUGUAUUUAAUGUUCGGGACAAGGCUGUUCACACAAUGAAGCGCAAACGUAUCGCCAACAUCUUCAGUCCACAAAAUGUCCAGGCUUUUGAGCCACGUGUACGGAGCCACAUCGAAAGGUUCUGUGCUGAGCUGGACUUGCGGUGCGAAGAGGCUCUGAAAUUCAUUUCGGGUUUCAACUGGGAUGCAAAAGAGGGCAGAGCAGUUCUCAAUAUAUGUCCCCAGUUCUCUUACAUUUCAUUCGACGUCAUCAGUGACCUGUCCUUGGGGGUGCCAUUUGGGCUAAUUGAAGCGCAGAAGGACUCGAUCCCUGCCGCCUUGUCUCUCGUUUCCACCAAGAACGUCGAAAACUUGCCUGUUAUCAGCAUGAUCGCUCAAGGUACCACGGGUGCCAUAGCUCUUGCACCUCACCCUCCGCUACUUCAGAAGAUACUCCUUUUCAGUGCACCCUGGCAUAUUCCAGACUUUAUUGCUCGCCGCGACUUUGUGGAAGUCAUCAAGGCGGCCGUCAACACCCGGAUCAGCAAAGUGGAGAACGGAACGGUCGAUAGCGAGAACAGAGGCGUCGACCUAGACGAGAUUGACGCUGAGGCUUUGGUGACCAUCGGCGCUGGCAGCGACACUACGAGCAAUUCCCUCGGUGCUCUCUGUUAUUACAUUGCUUCGAACCCUCAGGUCAAGAAGACACUUCAAGAGGAGCUCGACUCGGUCCAUGCUUCUGCUGAAAAGCACGAGUCCGAGUCUGCCUAUGGAAUUGCCAGUUAUGAGCAGGUCAAGAACCUUCCUUACCUCAAUGCUUGCAUAAAAGAAGCCCUGCGUCUGCACUCUACUGUCGGAGGAGGCCUCCCGCGAGUCGUUCCUCCCGGGAAGACAAUGACAGUAGCGGGCGAGACGUUCAACGAGGGAAGCAUCAUCAGUGUUCCUUCGUACUCCACCAACCGGUCAGACGUGUGGGGUGCGGACCCUGAAGUGUAUCGCCCAGAGCGCUGGCUGGAAGAUGGAUCGGAGGCACUGAACAAGUACCACGUUCCCUUCUCGACUGGCCCACGUGCUUGCGUUGGUCGCAAUCUUGCUAACAUGAACAUGAUAUUGAUCUCCGCGGCAUUCUUCCACCGAUACGAUGUUCAGUUGGCUACCCCUACCACCAAGUUUGAAGUCAAGGAGGGAUUUAUUCGGGAGGCAGUUCGAUGCGAUGUGGCGAUCAAACGCCGUGCUUGA